UUUUGCACUCAAGCCCUAAACCAAAUCUCUUUUGAAUGAAGCAAAGGUUGGAGUGUUGGCCAUUUUGAACAGCUAAAUCAUCGCGAAAAACUUCGACCUUUUCUUUUCUCACGUUUCGGUGCUUUCUUGGACAUGUUACACUUUGAGAAUGAAGAGUUUUUGAUACUGUGAUCUGAGGAGUUGAAGCGAAAUCAAAGAAUAUACGAGUUCUGAGUAGAAAUGUCAUCAUCUAAUUCUCCGUGUGCGGCGUGCAAGCUUCAAAGGCGGAAAUGUACACAAGAGUGUAUAUACGCACCCUAUUUCCCACCAGACCAGCCUCAUAAAUUCGCUAAUGUCCACAAGGUCUUCGGUGCAAGCAAUGUUGCAAAGCUUCUGAAUGAAAUAAAUGUUGCACAUCGAGAAGAUGCCGUGAAUUCCCUAGCUUAUGAAGCGGAAGCUCGUCUUCAUGAUCCCGUCUAUGGCUGCGUUGGUCUAAUUUCAAUUCUUCAACAAACCCUCAAGCAAGUUCAGACUGACCUAUUGGCUGCCAAAAAGGAACUAUCUGCAUAUAUUGGUCCUAUAGCGAUGCAACCUAAUUUUCAACAUCCCGGGUAUAUGCCACAACAGCACAUGACUAGUCCUCCUUCAUCGUCUCUGAUUCCUUAUAACAUGUCACCCAUGUUGGGUCUUCCCACGGGUGCUUCACAUGGUGGGCAAUUGGUGAUUCGUGAGCCACAGCCUCAACAAUCGCAGCAGUAUCAGCAUCAGAGGCAAAACAUCCUUGAGGCCCAGCAAAUGGCGGCUAGAGAGCAACAAGAGAUGUUGAGGACUUUCGAACAGCAGCAACGGCAACAAGAGCUUAUGAGGUUUAACAGUGGAUUCGAAGAAGCUGGUACGGUCGGUGCAGGUGGUUUCAAUCAGACAACUGCGGCUACUAUGGUACCGUCCCUGGCUUUAGGUAAAUUCGACAACCCUUACUAGCUCGAAGAGCAUCACUAUCAGCUUCAGCCCCAGCUGCUGCUUCAGACCCAAACACAGCAACGCAGCUAUGUUGUCAUGCCCUGGAUUUUGGGUAAUCCAGGAUUCGACUUGUGAUCUCAAGUCAAAGGUUUGACCUUAAGAUUUACUCCAAUCCAAUCAAUCCUGGUAACCUAAUUUUAUUUGGGGAUAGAUGUUUAUUUAUUAGAAAUAAUUAAGUUAUCAGGAUUGACUGCUAGAUGGUGAGUAAGAGUAACCCUUAAAAUUAAACCUUUGACCUAAGAUCACAAGUCAAAUUCUGAGUUACCCAAAUUUGGAGCCUGACAUACCUCCACAACAACAAGGUUCUAGAAGUGAGAAGGGCAGGAGCUUGGUCUCAUCUUGUUAAGUCUCGUAACUCAGUGUAGGUUUUCGUUCUUAGGUAUAUUCACCCUUAGUUUUAUGAAUACUUGAUGCUUGCAUUUGUGAA